CCUACCCGGAAGCAGCGGAGGAGGAUGUGAAAACAGACAAAACGGGGAAACAACGAGUCUCCUGCGGGAUUUAAAACGCAGAACAUCGUGUUUUCACGCAGAAACACGAUCCGACGUUAGCGCAGAAAUGAUUCUAGCGACGUACGCGUGUUUCCUGCUGGUGGUUUGUUCGGCGGCCGCAGCGAAGGAGGCAGGAGACGACGAGUGGGUUCAUCUUCCGAACAAGUGUGAAGUGUGUAAGUUUGUCAGUAUUGAGAUGAAGUCGGCAUUCGAUGAGACGGGGAAGACGAAAGAAGUGAUCGGCAGGAACUAUCGCUUCAUCGACAGCAAGGGGGCGCCACCUAUCAAAUACGUCAAGUCGGACCUGCGAUUCAUCGAGGUCAUAGAGAAUGUGUGUCAGAGGCUGCUGGAGUACAAUCUGCACAAGGAGCGCACCGGCAGCAACCGCUUCGCCAAGGGCAUGUCGGAGACCUUCUCCACGCUUCACGGUUUGGUGAAUAAAGGCGUGAACGUGGUGAUGGACAUUCCCUUCGAGCUGUGGAACGAGACCUCGGCGGAGGUGGCCGACCUCAAGAAGCAGUGUGACGUGCUGGUGGAGCGAUAUGAGGACGUGAUUGAAGACUGGUACAAAGGAAGUCAAGAGGAAGAUCUGACCACGUUGCUGUGUGAGAAACAUGCUCUGAAAGGACAAGACACAGCUUGUCUUGGCGAGGACUGGAAGGCGAAGAAGAAGGGCGACCAGGCCGCCAUCGCCGAGGACAAGAAGAAGAAGAAAAAGAAGAAGGGCAAGGCCGGAGCGGAGGGAGGAGACGGCAGCUCGGAGGGAGAGAAGGUGGCCAAGAAGAAGAAGGAGAAGAAAGUGAAGAAGAAGAAAAAGAGCAAAGCUCCGGUGGAGAAGACGGGCGGGGGGGCGUCGUCGGACGAGGGGAUCCAGCCUCAGGUGCUUCUCUCCGGGAAGAAGGCGGAGCUGUGAGGUCCGAUCUCUGGAUCAAAUCUUUCAAAGUGAAACUCUCAGUAAAAAGACGUCUGACGCUUCUGAAGCUUCUGCACCGGAGGCCGACACAUGUUGCACUGUUACAUUCGUUUCAUUCAAAUAACAUAAUCUUUAAUAUUCAGUUUCAUGACAUUUUUAUGUCCUUGCAUCAGGAAAUUCAGAAUCAUCUGUAUCUCAACUCGUGAAUACAGAACAAGCUACCUGUAGGAUUCAUCAUCUUUUCAAUCAGUUGAUCAACUGAAAAUUAAUCAACAAUUUGGUUUGUUUUAAAUCAUUAAUCAGGCAAAAGAAACCUGAUCACAGCCUCUGGAGUGUGAAGAGUUUCUUGGUUUUAUAUGAAGAAGGGAAAUUACAAACCUCAGCAGAAUAAUGAUGAACAUUUCUCUCCAUUUAAUGACAUUUUAUCAAGUGAAAUAUUGAUUAAUUAUAUAGAAAUCAUCAUUAAAACAAAA